GUACAUUUCGACUUGCGAGAUAGUGAGCAGCCGCGCACGGUGCCGCGUACUGUGUGCUCACCUUUGUUUACUGUGCUUGAGACACUGGCUCUUGCACAGAGCCCCCAUACAACUGUUGCGCUAUAUCAUAGCCUAGGAUGGAGUGGACGACAAUAGAAUCGGACCCAGGCGUCUUUACGGAGCUCAUAGAGAACAUUGGCGUCAAAGGCGUUCAAGUAGAGGAGCUAUGGUCACUUGACCAGCUUAGAGAGCUCAGUCCUGUCUUUGGCCUGGUAUUCCUAUUCAAGUGGAAAAAGGAGCCGGUCCGGCCGGCCACAACGACAGACGCGGGGCAGGUGUUCUUUGCCAAGCAGGUCAUCAGCAACGCGUGCGCAACCCAGGCUAUCCUGAACAUCUUGCUCAAUGUGAAAGCUCCAGGAUUGGACUUGGGCACGGAGCUGGCGAACUUGCGUGAGUUCGUCUCAGACUUCGACCCCACCAUGAAGGGCCUGGCCAUCAGCAACAGUGACCUCAUCCGGACUGCACACAACUCGUUCGCGCGUCCCGAGCCGCUGGUGCCUGACAAUGACAAGGACGACGAGAAGAGUGGCGACGCCUACCACUUCAUUAGCUACGUGCCGGUGGGCGGCAAACUGUUUGAGCUGGACGGCCUGCAGGAGGGCCCCAUCGAGCUGUGCGACUGCACCGACGACGACUGGCUGGACAAGGUCGGACCGCACAUCACCGCCCGCAUGGAGCGGUACGCGGCCAGCGAGAUCAGGUUCAACCUGAUGGCGCUAGUGGGCAACCGGGUCGACAUCUUCAGCAGCCGCCUGGCGGCCGCCACGGCACAACGGGACCAGCUGGCGGCGGCAGCAGCAGCAGCGGACGGCAUGAGCGAUGAAGACCUCGCCCACGCCCAGGCCAAGUUGCUGGAGGCGGAGACCGAGGUGGCCAACCUGCAGGAGGCGCUCGCAGCAGAGCAAGCCAAGCACCGCACGUGGCACGAGGAGAACGUACGCCGCAAGCACAAUUACGUUCCAUGUCUGUUCCAGCUCUUAAAGCUGAUGGCUGCGCGAGGCCAGAUGGGACCGCUGCUGGAGCGGGCGCGCCGGCCUGCAGCGGCCGGCGGAGGCAAUGGUACGAAGCAGUGAUGGCCGUCGUGGUCAGGCAGGUCUUGGGACGCGGGGAGCAGGUCAGCGCAUGUUGGUGUACGUGGGGGCGUGUAGUCCACGCACGAUCGGCGGCAAUAGGAUUGACACACUGUGUGGGCACGAGGUUGACGUAGGCACCCACCUCAGUUAGGGCACUGGUCAGCACGUCACGGCAGCGGUGUCGGUGAGGACGUGUGUCGUCGGAGUGCGCAGUGUGCCACCUGCCAAAUCAGGAGCAAGUCGGGAGACGCGCGGUUAUUGAGUGUCCGUUGCUGCACCUGCGCAUGGCUUUAUAAAGACGUAGACUUUCAAUAGCGGAGGUUAGUUAACAUUCGACAACGACUCCGUGGGGGUAAAACCAGUCCUUAAGUGGCCUACACUCAUCUGCACAGCUCGCAGUGCUUGUCACAUUUGGUUUGCGUCCAUCACCGCUACAGUAUAGCAUUCAGUUUGCUGUGUAGGUUCAUGCUGACACACUGUAAUUCUGCCUUCGCGUUGG